CGAUGUUCCAUUCAGCGUCCGGACUUCGAUCUCACGUGUCCAUUCUAUACCUAUACACGUAUACUUAAGCAUCAAAGGGGAAAGUCAAGAUUCGACAUGGAUGCGGAGACGUCCGCGAACAAGGCGUUUCGCGCUGUGCUUCGGAUUUAUGGACCGUUCUAAGAAUCAACCAUCGAUCAUUGGUUGUUCGCCCAUUUCUGUUUUUCGAAAAAAAAACCAAAUUGGAAAGUUUGAAAUAAAAAGGCGCAAAAAGAAGAAGAAAAUACAUCGGUCGAAAACAAAAUAAAAUACUUAUAUUAUGUAUAGCGCGAUAAAUUUUUCCAAAGGAGAUUUUGCUUUUAUUUCGUGUAUUUUAUUAUAAAUUCGUUUUGGAAUUUGAAACGUUAAAGAACACGUAUACGUAUUUUUUCUCAUUCGUAUAAAGAAGCCUUUGCACGAUAAACUCGAACACCGAAAGCAUCGAAAAGAAGGUGGCGACCACCGAUAUUCGUGAUAUUCGGCCUGCAUAAAAUCGGCAAAACUUCAGAGAUAUUACGCAUCGCAGAGGUGAACCGUAAUAAGAAGAUGCUCGUGAAACUGCAGAAAAGACAUUUAUGGUAGCGCGAUCGAGCAAAAGGGAAGAUGAUUCGAAUAUGACGCGGUGUGCGGUCUUAUGCGCAUUAUAUAUAUCGUGCACGCAUAAAAAUAAAUCUAAAACCGCGAUUAAAUCACUUUUGUCACUCAUGAAUUAUUUGACUACGUAUAAAAAUAUAUUUUCCUAUAAAAUGAAUUGACGGAUGAAUGGAAAAAAUUCGCUCGUAAUCGUAAUAAAAUGAAAUUGUCUCGAGAAUAAUUUGUGGAAAAAUUAUGUGGCAAAAUACUCGGUGAUGCAAAAUUAACCAAUCAAAUUCGUUUAUUACGAACGUUUUAAAUAGAAAAAAUGAAUAGAUUCAAAGAGAUCGUUAAAAUAGGUUAGCAUUAAAAAUGUUCGAUUUCAUUGGUGCGAAUAAAAGAAUUAUUAAAUUUAAAAUGAGCUAAAGUGAACUAGGCGGCUGGUGAAAAAAAAAUGUGAUAGUUAAAAGUGACAUUAUACUUGUCAAAAUGUGAUAUUUUAAAUUAUCUUAUAUAAAAUAAUUAAACUUUGAUGAUAAAUUCAAAAUUAAAUGUCUUAGAUUUAUAAUAUCACUGCACAGUGUAUUAGACCAUGUGUAAUUGUCAUCAUCAUAGAAGAGGAUGCCCGGAAUCUGAAUCUGAUCCAUCAUCAAUCUUGCAAGAAACAUGGCAAACACCACCCUUGGACGAAAGCAUUCAAUCCUCUGGUGAAUUUUGCUCGCCUCACUGUUUCACAUCAAACCCCCGAUCUCCAAGAACACCUCCAAGAACACCUCCAAGAUCACCUUUUAGAACACCGCCCAGAACACCCUUGUCGGAUUUAACACGCGAAAUUCCACCAAGCGCGCCGCUCAGAAUCCUCAGAGAGCGGCCCGAUCUAUCAAUGGGAGUAGCUAUAGCGGCUCAUCGUUUGGAUUUCGAGGCUUUAAGCGGAUACGAGGAUAUGGACGAGACGGAUUUGGAAGAAACGGACGUAUCCGGAGAACUUUUAGCGCAGGCGUUGGCGCAAUUACGAACAGGUCCAAGAUUCCCUACCUCGACCCCCAUACGCCCCCCACCAGUCCCAGCUGCCGAAAGAACUUACAGAUUGCACCGCGGAAGAUCACCGCGAUUCCCAACAAUACCCAGAUCACAAAUACCACCUCGAAUGACUAGAAUGACGGCUUGUGGCAAAUGUUUAAGGAUGUGAGAGCAGAACGACGAUGAGGUGGAAUUUCCAGCAAAAUUUAUUAUACCAUCAUGAACAUGAACAUUUAUAUAUAAAACAUAUAUAAAACGCAUUAUUUCUAUAAUUCCUAACGCUGACGUCGAAGAGGACUUUUAUACUAACGAAUCAAAUUUUUGCAGCUUUCACUUCUCGAUAUAAAAUAUCUAAAUGAAAUAAAUCGUAGAGUUAAAAAAAGUAAUAAUAAAAAAAAAAAAUUCUGCAUAAUAAACAAAAUAACAAUGAUUUGAUUCAUAAGUGUUCGUAAUCGUCCGAACGCUAAACGUAAUAUAUUUAAUGAAAAAUGUGUCUUUUCAACAACGAAGUGAUUGAUGUGUAAAAAUAUACUGCAAAUAUUCUUUACAUUGUUGCUUAUCACUUAUCAAGAUUAUAUUUCUCGAUAACGGGGGAAUGUUGUCAAAAUUGAUACUUAAAAUUUGGUUCAAUAUUUUAAACGAAACGCGACAAAAACAACAAAUAUUUUUUUAUUCGUAGAC